GCUCCGUGGCCUCCCACAUGGAUCGUCAUUCCUAGUCGAGUCUCUUCGACGCUCGCGACGUUUCUCCAGCCCCGAUCGAGAGGGACCGAUCUCUGUUUUUCCAUGCACGUUUCAUCCGUGUGACGACACACGGUCCACGCGUCGCAGUCGCGUGUCCGAUUCCAUUCGAACAGCAAUCGAACGCGAAACCCGUUCCCCCCUAGUUGUUUACCCUCUCCCCUCGGAAGCUCCGUCUAUUCAUUCCUCCCCCACCCUCGGUUGUAUCCUUUGGCUCGUGCAAUACAUCCCCCGAGCGGUCAAGUGACAGAGGCAGGGGAGAAAGCGCGAACGAAAGUCGGAGCAAGGAAAGGAGAAGGAUCAGUGCGAGCUAGUACGUCGACAGGGUCGGUUCGUUGAAAGAGAAAAGUAUAUACGGGCACGUUUGUAGCGUUUUUGGGGUACAAAGGCCCGGGCUGUGGUACACGCGGUAUCCCUCUGGGGAUAUAUAUAUAUAUAUAUACAUAAAUUCGUUAGCACAGCACCGUGUUUGGAUUGGUGCUCGUGCGUGUGGAUAUACCACGACGUUCCGUUCAGAUCGCCAAAAGUGAAUCGGACGAACCGGCGUAGCGGGAGAGGAGACUUCGACCGCCGACCGUUUACGAUCGACCAGAGAAACUCGCUCGUUUAGAGCGCGAAUAAACGCGCAGCUUGCCAGAAGGCUCCUUCUCACGAGCGAUUUCACGCGCGGCACGAAACCGAGCUUUUUAAACGACGAUGUCGCACAAGAUGCAGAGCCAAGGAGCGCCAGUUCACGGGGGCAAAUUUCAGAGAACACCAAUGCGCCCAAUGAUAGCGGAAUACGACCCAAAGAAGCACGGUGUGAAAACAGAACUCACAGACAUGGUUCUCGUCAAAUACAAGUGCGAGAAAAAUGAGGUACCGAUUACCGUCACGAACGGCUCGACGUUGCCGCUCGUGGAACGACCCAACGACGAGGAGUCGGCCCUCUACAAUCCGUUCGAGCACAGGAAGCUCGCCCAUCCGACCUCUGACCUCGACACCCUGAUCCAUCUGCUCAAGGGCAGCCUGGGGACCGGCAUUCUGGCGAUGCCGAUGGCCUUCCGCAACGCUGGUCUGCUAUUCGGUCUGUUCGCCACCUUCUUCAUCGGGGCUGUUUGCACCUACUGCGUCCACAUACUGGUCAAGUGCGCCCACGAACUCUGCAGGCGGAUGCAGACACCUAGUCUGGGGUUCGCGGACGUCGCCGAGGCGGCCUUCCUCGUCGGCCCCGAGCCGGUGCAGAAAUACGCUCGGCUAGCAAAGGCAACCAUCAACUCGUUCCUCGUGAUCGACUUGAUAGGUUGUUGCUGCGUGUACAUAGUCUUCAUCUCGACCAACGUGAAGGAGGUGGUCGAUUAUUACUCGGAGUCUAAUCACGAUGUACGGAUUUAUAUGGCGGCUUUGUUGCCAUUGUUGGUCGUUUUCUCCCUGGUGAGGAACCUGAAGUAUCUGGCGCCAUUUUCCAUGGUCGCGAACGUUCUGAUCGCCACCGGGAUGGGCAUCACCUUUUACUACAUCUUCAGUGAUCUACCGAGCAUCAGCGAUCUACCAAACUUUUCGAGCUGGUCUCAGUUGCCUCUGUUCUUCGGCACCGCCAUCUUUGCUCUGGAAGGCAUCGGUGUUGUGAUGCCUCUGGAGAACAACAUGAAGACCCCCACGCACUUCAUCGGUUGCCCCGGGGUCCUGAACACCGGCAUGUUCUUCGUGGUGCUGUUGUACAGCACCGUCGGUUUCUUCGGUUACUGGCGAUACGGUGAGAACACGCAGGCUUCGAUCACACUGAACCCUGAGCAAGACGAGAUCCUGGCCCAGGCGGCGAAGCUCAUGAUCGCCGUCGCCAUUUUCCUCACCUACGGUUUGCAAUUCUACGUACCCAUGGAGAUCAUUUGGAAGAACGCGAAGCAAUACUUCGGCUCGCGUAAGCUGAUCGCCGAGUACGGGAUCCGUAUAUGCCUGGUGAUCUUCACCGUGGGCGUGGCGAUCGCCAUUCCGAAUCUGGGCCCGUUCAUAUCGUUGGUGGGUGCCGUUUGUCUGUCCACGUUGGGCCUGAUGUUCCCGUCCGUGAUCGAACUCGUCACCGUUUGGGAUCAAGAGAACGGUCUCGGCGCUUUUUAUUGGAGACUCUGGAAGAACCUGGCGAUCAUCUCGUUCGGCGUGUUGGGCUUCCUGACCGGCACCUACGUGAGCAUCCAGGAGAUCCUCGAGGAGAAGAAAUGAAGCGCCGGGUUCGAAGGAGCUGCGGUGCGACGGAAUAAUCGCUCAGCGCGUACCACAGAUGCCGGCGUGUUCGACACCUUCCGCGCUCCACGGGAGCGGGCUCGUCGAACGACCAGGACGACGACGACUAGGACGGUGGGAUAUGCCGCCGCCGCCGCUGGAGCAUCCAGGACGAGUUACGCGGCCACGCGAGCUCCGAACUACUAGCUUCGUCUCGCUGCUUCUCUUUCCACAUCGGUAGUACGACGACCGUACCGACGACGAAGACGUCGCGUAGAUGGGCCUUACCCCCCUAUAAAACAGCCCACAUUGAGUUUUUCAUACUAUCCUUUUCGUUCUUUUUCUUCUUUUAUAAAUCGUAGACAGAGAGUUAGUCGUUACGCGUGGAAAGGUGUUCGUGUAUCCGAACUAUUGUAUCCGUGAACGUCCGCUUUCCUUCGUUCCGUAGUUCUAGGUACACAACUCCCACUCGUACUCCGUACAAUGUUGAUUCACUAUAAACGAGAAAAACUUGUUUCUUACGAAUGAGUCCAUUUCUUCGUGCAUCAAAUUAGAAUCAAAUCGACGGUCGUGCCACGUUGGAAACACCAGUGGAAGCUGCAGUUGGGGAACCGACCACGUUCUAUCGGAAUUAUCGUUAUUGUACACAGUUUAUAUUAUACUUCUCUAACGGUUAAUAUUAAAAGAAAGAACGAAAAAAAAACUAAACACAGUGUAAUAAAAAGAACAUUUGAUAAAAAUAAAUGGAGAACAUUCAUAAGAGACAAGUUUCUUUUCAUUUAUAGCGAAUCACCGCUAUAGUGUACGAAUACGAGUGGGAGUAACAGUACGUACGCGUAAUAGAUGAUACACGAGUAGUACAGUUAUCCGUUUUUCUUAGCGUUUGCAUUAGUCAUCCGGCGGGACAAUUGCAAAACUGUCCACGGACGUCAUUCCGUUUCUAAACCACUUGUACACGAACUCCUUUCGACGUAGCUUCGUUUUUUCCCCGCAAACUCGUGUAACCGAAAUAUGUAUCGUAUAGAAGAAUAACGGGCUUGACGUAUGCGUUUAGAGAUGCAUCGAUCGAUCUUCGCCGAUCUGCGUCAGAGUCGUCGCUGCUGACGUCGCGCCGUACAACGCCGUACGCCAUAACGCGCGGUAAGAAUCAUUAAUGUCUGCGUUCCACUUUGAUCCGGUGCUCCAAACGGUCACUUACAUUUCACGGAGCAAAUAGAUCCCGGAAGUCGAUCGAUUAUCGGAGAUCCAGUGAACCAGUUCGUACGCUGAAUAUUUUAUCCUCCGGUUAAUCUUGGUUUAUAUAGAGUCGAUCGUGCAACUUAUUCGCCCAUAUUAUUUUUGUCACGAAGAGGAAAUUACAUGGUUUAGAGACAAACCAUUUCAACCUCGAUAAAUUCUGAUCUAAGGACGACGAGAAAAUUUAAAGAAACUGUCACAUUUUUUUUGAUUGAUAAGUAGAAUCCUCGACGCGUUCGAAUCUGUAGAACCUAAUUUUUACGUGCGCGUCAUUAAUGAGCUUUAUCGCGCGUCAGUGUACGUUGGAGCGAUUAACCGAGCAAAAGUCAAUGGCACAACAUGGCUCGGAGUACCCCGGAUGUUCAGAGACGAGUAUUAAGGACGUGGAUAGAGGCGCGCUCUUUUCCUCCCCUCCUCUUUUAUUAUUUAUUCGCGUUGAACGAAGUUUUUUUUUUUCAUCGAUUUUUAACAAACUCUCACAACUGCGGGACGGUUUUUCUUUUCUAGUAGCUUGCGUACGCGUCGUACGGGUAUAGAUAUGUAAAUUAUACUUAAGCGUCGUUUUUACCUACGAACAGAAGACCGUUCGCGUAUAUAUAUAUAUAUAUAUUUUUUUUUUUUGCCUUAAAGUGUGUUCGUUCAAAUUUGCCGCGACGAGAGAACGAUUUGUAAGAUAAAAGGUUUCGUCGGGCGAUCGUCGGAUCGAUCGCGUGUGUACGUCAAUCGUCGAAGAGAGAUCUAAUACGUGUUUGUCGAUUGAAAUUCAAGUCGAGAUCGGGAGCCUUUUAAACUUGGGAAUCGAAUUGUCGGUGAUGUAACCGUCGAUGAUAUUCGCGAUUGGACAUAUUCCGAGGAUAACUUUGUUCCCUAUCGGGCGAAGUGUUCUAGUUAUUACGAUACCCAUUAACGCUUCGACCGCCAUGUUGGUCAAUCGACGGUGACGCUGCGAUUUUUUUAAUUGUAAGGCCCCGCGUGCUAAAGUUUUAUCUUAGUAGUGUAAUAUUAGGACGAAACAAAGUGAUAUUUUUAGUUUUUAAAGGCAAGUUAAAACCACGAAGCUUGUAAAGUAAUAUUUAUUAGAUUAAACAAAAUUUUCGUAUUAAAUAUUUCGGAUUUGUACUCGCUAUUUAUUGCAGAACAUACGUUCACGGAGAGAACGCGUGCAGUUGAACGAAUAACCAAAAGUUGGAAAACCAAGGGCUACCGUGUGAUAUCAUGUUUUUUAAAGAAUGGCCGUUCAAAAUUACGCUGGAAAUUGAUCGAAAAUGGCAACGGUGAAUCAUGAAAAAUGUUAGGACGGCGGCCAUCGCGAAAUUAGCUUGGUGGUCGGCGCGUUAACGGACAGUUCGAUUCUAUUGUACGAUAUUGGAUAAGCGUGAACGUUUAGUCUCCAUCGACGUAAUCGAUCGACGUAACUCCGAUGGAAACUGCCGAUCUGUUCCUAGUGCCUUGUUGCACAAAACGAAAAAACGUACAAAAAUGGUUACUAAUUAAGGGUAAGAGGCAGAAUGGUACGUAGGUGUGAGAAUAUCGUGAUGCACCGCUUGCUAGUCUGUAAGGAGUUUUAGCGAGAGACACCGACGCGUCGUUGGCGUCAACGCGCGAGAUUAAGAAGCUAAUUGCAUCUAUAACCUGACACCGAGAAGGUCGAUUCUGACGGAUUUGACGUCGAGGGACGAUAAAAGUGGGAGGGUGUCAAGGCCAAUGUGCUCAUCUAACGAAAAUUUCUUAUUUUUCUAUCAUCGAAUCGCUUAGUUGGACGAACAUUUCGCGGGACAAUUACGGUAAACUGACGAAAAGAAAACGAAAGGAGAGAAUAAACGAAGAGUCCAAAAGUCACGGAAUAGUACAAAAAGAAAAAAAAGAAAAAAUAAAUAAGACUCGUACAAUUGCUUUCUAUUUAGUCGGAUAAUACGCAAAAAUUUUUUAGCACAGCCUUCGUUGUUCUUAAAAAACUGUUUCUAUCAUUCCGAGGACGCGUGUUUUGUGAUGUCAAAGCGCCCACACGCAGCGAGAAAAGUGCCGACCAUUCGUUCAGACUAUUUUCGAUCGUUGUUCUGACGUGGAACCGCGCGUCACUACUAUUUGUACAAUUCGUUCUCGCUUCGAGACACCGGAAUUUUAGUGCCUUGGUUCUCUUUCGUCUCACGAGAAUCGUAAAGAUUAAGACGGUGGCGUGUUGCAUAGCGACGAACAGACGUACGAUAUCGUACGACCACGUUCGGAGGACAAUAAACCCGGAUGCACGGUAGUUAUUGCCAUUUUCGUCGUCGCCGUUGCAGACAAGCGUUUUAGAAAAAAAGUUUAGAAAAAGAAACUGCUCCUCGUCGGACCCCAGGAAACUGCUGAAUUUCUGCCAAGCUUCAUCCAUGUUUCACCAUACUUCUAUACUCGUCCAUUCUUUAUCCAUCGAUGGUUUUUCUUUUUCACGUAUCUACACGUAUACACAGACACACGGACAGCCCAGACGAAUAGUCUCUACCAUAUUGUACGAUGACUUAUAUUUUUCGAACAAGACCUUCAGAAACGUGAGCCUCAAUUUUUUGAGGUGUCGCAAUUUGUGGAAAUAUACAUGCCGUUUCGCUGCUUUUGUACUUCGGACUUCCAUGAUCGAUCGCACAUGCGCGUACUAUGUGGCAAUGGUUGCCGCGCAAUGAUAUAUCGUUUCACGUGCACGCUGUCAAUUUGUCAGUCAUUGUACCAAACAAUGUUGCGAUAUUUAAUACACGAUGAAUCGAUUUUGCAAAAGUAA